AAUGAGGUUCCGCAGGGAAGCUGACCGCCCAUACGGCAUGAAGAAGCAGCCCCAGGCCACCAUGUCGUCCACAGGCCGAAAGGCCCGAUGCCGGUCAGCCGCGCCAUCGCCGUCGCUCCGUCACCCUCCACCGACCCCAGCCAAGGGCAGGGCAUCGACGCUCACAGUGGCCUCGAACAGCCCCAACUUUGCCACGCCGACAGCGUACGACGAGCAGUGGACACAAAGGGUGAGCGACCUGGAGGGUAUCCCUCGUCUCUCGGGGCAUUGUGCACUCCUAUAUGGUAUGUGCUGUUGUGGCUGUAUGCGUGGCUUGCAGUGGCCGCGGGACGCGGUCUUCUGCAACAUUGACC